GAGUGGGUUGAUUUACGCGAACCCAGUGGCACACGCUUCUCGUGAGAUAUUGAUGUCUCAGAUUUUGUUUACGUUGUCUCGGACAUAGAGAAAAGUACAACAUAUCUCACACGUGGAAGGUGUGGAUGAAAGUUGUCCGUUUCAGUGGCGCACGGACUUCGGCACGCGAGAGGACUCCGCGUCAUGGAAUUCCCGGGAAGGUUGUAGCCUUCUAUAUCGGACAUCUAUUUGACCACGAGCCUUCCUAAGAAUAAUCACCUGUUAGAACCCCAUCCCUUCGGACUUCUGUCUGCAUCACCUCUAGUGAUGACCAUGUUUCAGCACAGCAAUAAGAAGUGUUUCACCAUAGAGUCUCUGGUGGGGAAGGAUACGAGCAACAACAACGCUUCUCCGGCCGGGGAACAUGAACCCAUCCGGCCGACGGCGCUACGCUUCACAGAGUCCAUCCACUCCGCUCCCUUCGGGACCUGCUUCCAGAACUCCGGGAGGAGCAUCUACCCCAGUCCCGACAUGAUGUUCCAGGAUCCGGGGACGCACACGCAGAACUCAGGCCUGCCGCUGCACCCGCUGCAGAUGCCCUCACAGACCUUCUUCAGUCCGCAUCAGAGAGACGCGCUGAACUUCUACCCUUGGGUCCUGAGGAACAAGUUCCUGGGCCACAGAUUCCCAGGUGAGGACAGCCCUGAGAACAUGUUGCUCCACGGUCCGUUCUCCCGGAAGCCCAAGCGGAUCCGGACGGCCUUCUCGCCCUCCCAGCUGCUGCGUCUGGAGCGAGCCUUCGAGAAGAACCACUACGUGGUGGGCGCCGAGCGCAAGCAGCUGGCCAGCGGCCUCUGUCUCACCGAGACCCAGGUGAAGGUGUGGUUCCAGAACCGCCGGACGAAGCACAAGCGGCAGAAGCUGGAGGAGGAGACCCCCGAGGCCCAGCAGAAGAGGAAGGGCAGCCAGCACGUCAGCCGCUGGAGGGUGGCCACCCAGCAGGGGGGCAGCCCGGACCACAUCGACGUCAUCUCCGACGACUAG